GCCAAUCAUAAUAACAGUCCGACUGGCAAUCCCUCUAUUAUGGUUAAUGGAGAUGCGAUGUUGAAAAUGAAUCCGACACUACUGUCCAAAUCAAUGACCAACUCAUCAUCAAAUCAUGCCCUCACGUCUACCCUCACGUCUACCCCUCCCAUCACCGCAAACAACACGACAACUCCAUUAGACAACCAUAAUCUCUUGACUCGGGAACAGUUGACUUCGACACCCAUUAAUAACAAAUACAAAUAAAACAUAUUAAGAAGUAUUAGAGAAAUGAUUCGUACGUUUGAAUACAAAUUUUAUUGUUUACACACAG